GGGCUGCUCACAUCACACACGUGAUAUCGUCGUGCGGGGAGUGCGCGCCUCGUUUUAGCCGCGGCGACGUUGGACUUCUCUCGAUCGCCCAGCGAAGCGACGUCAGGGCGGGACGCGCGGCACCGCUGGGAAAACCACCGCGAGGAGAUGCGGUUCUCCCCGGGAGAGAAUCCGAGGUAAUUCGUUCGGAGACUAUUAACGUCGAGGACAUGGCGGUCGACAUUUUGGACGAGGAUCAUCUCGCCGUGAGCGCGAUUGUGACCGUCGGUAUGCAGCUGAUCUUCUUCACGAUCGCGGCCACUUUCCAGAUGGACAAGCUGACGGACUUCGCCGGCGGCACCAACUUCAUCAUCCUCGCUCUCCUCACUUUCUUUCUCGGCCAAGUGGGCAAGACGUACGACAGUCGGCAGGUCAUGGUGACCAUAUUCGUAUGUUUAUGGGGUGUGCGACUCUCCGCGUACCUCCUAUACAGAAUCGUCAAAAUAGGCCGUGAUAAGAGAUUCGACGAUCGUCGCAGUAACGUGAUCCGCUUCGCCGUAUUCUGGACAUUUCAGGCUGUGUGGGUGUACGUCGUCAGCCUGCCUGUGAUAAUAAUCAAUUCUCCACGACACAAAAUACCGCCCGCGCCGAAAACGAUGACGACGCUCGACAGCGCCGGCACGGGCCUCUUCUUGGUUGGCCUGCUGGCUGAAACCUACGCCGAUCUGCAAAAGUUCGCCUUCAAGCAAGAUCCGGUGAACAAUGGGAAGUGGUGUAACGACGGACUUUGGAGGCUCUCUCGACACCCAAAUUAUUUCGGCGAGAUCGUCGUCUGGUGGGGGAUAUUUAUAAUAUCCUUAAACGUUAUCGAAGGAGCGGAAUGGGUUGUUAUCGCAUCUCCAAUCUUCACGACGCUUAUAAUUCUAUUCCUAUCGGGGAUGCCAUUAUUGGAAAAGGCAUCGGAUGAAAGAUAUAGAGAUAACGCGGAGUAUCGCUACUACAAGCGAUCAACGUCACCAUUGAUACCGAUACCACCGGCUAUCUACGUUGAGGUGCCAAAUUUUCUCAAGUGCUUAUUCUGUUGCGAAUUUCCACUGUACGAUUCCUUGGACGUGAAGCCGAGAUCGGCCGUCACCGAAUCAACGUCCAUCAGCCUCGCAGCGUCCACGUAGCUGUAACCACACGCCGGACGUCCGAAUUCUAAGUCCGGCGUGCAGUCGAUGGCAAUAGCUUCAACCAGUACAGCCCUCUGAGUGCUACUUUAUCCUUCUCUGCAACACCGAGAACUCCGUCUAUCUACUGACAAAAAUAUAAACUCGAUGGCCGAACCGUAAAUCCCAGUCUCAACAUUCUAUCAAGCGCGAUAUCGGCACGAUCUCGAGGAGUUAGACUGUACUUGGUCAUGCACAUCAAUUUCGAUAUGUGGGAAUCGAAGAGGGAUCCCUUUUCAAAAUGGAAAGGUUUAUAAAAGAUGAAGUAUUAUUAUUUUUGUAACUAAAGAUCCUUCCAGGCGUUAGGCAUAAACGUUACCGGUGACUUUUCGUACAGAAUCGAAUGAUGAGCUGAACAAAGAAAAUUAUUUUUGUAGCGAUGUUAUAUGGGUACCAAUGUAAAAGUAACUUAACGACCAAUUCGAGCAUCGUUUCUAUGCGACAAGUCAGUGGUAAUCGACGACUUGAUUAGCAGCUUUAUUUAUGUACGUAUACUUAAACUUUUAUUUUAGAUACAAGAAGAUUAGAUAAAAGAAGAGAGAUUGAAAAUAAUAUAUAAUUUGUAUGUUCCAAAUAAUAUCCAGGCUUAAAAAAAUCUCUUAAAAAGCAUCACUGUAUUCAAUUAGUCAAACGCUACUUUAAAUAAAUAAUAUUAUAUGUUGUUCCAAGAGAGUAGUUCUUGGAAAUAAAUUAAGCAGCCGUUUACCGCGCUCGCUGUCACUAACAAAAAAGUAUGUGUCUUAAAUAUUGCAGAAACGAAAUUAAAAACGAGAUUUUAAUGUAAUAUAAAUAAAACGAUGUAGCCCAUUUUUGAAACUAAUAGUAAUUUUGAAAAUUGAUAGUUCGUAAUGAUUGGCGAUUGAUACUGUUGAUUCGUUGAAGGUACAGUAAUUAGCAGAAACGCAUAUCGAAAAACAAAUGGAGCGUAGUGUAUUCCGAUUUUCGUAAUUCGACAGCGAAUAAGCAAUAUUUAUCGCCAAAUACGUCAGACGAACAUGUAUAAAUAAUAAAAUAUUCAAGUUUACAUUUCACCUAAUCACAAUUGCUACUUAUUUCGUUAGUAUGUUCAUGUAGGGGGGAUGCUUACAAAAAAAAUUUAGAUGCAAUAUGGAGAACGUAGUACAUACGUUCACGUGUCCCCAUUGCAAUUCCGAGGCUUUCGAUCGAGAUAUUGAGUCAUCAUAGCAAUAUUAAACAUAUCUCCGUGCCGAUAGUACGUCCCCAGAAUACGAAAUAAAAAGAAAUUCCGAAGGAAAUCUAUAAAACAUAUAGAAUUAUUAAUUCAAAUUAAUAACGCGUCUGAAACGAAUUCCUCAUGGAUAAAUGAUUCAAAUGUUACUUCCUAAUACUUUAUUGUUACAUACGUCUUCGAAGUUUAGAUAAUAAAUAAUUACUGAUUCUGUGAGUUGUGGAAUUAUUGAUUGACUACCUUGGCCUCUUAAUUACAU